GUGCCCCGGGACACCCGGGUCACCGCCCUGACACACGGCUCCGCUCCGGGAACGGAUCCGCGGGAGGUGCCUGCCGCUUCUGGGGGCUGAGCUGUCACUGAGGCUGCACCAUCCAUCCAACAACCCCCUUGCAAAAUGGACCAGGACACCCUGGGAACCAUAGCCCCGCUUGCCAUCGUCACCUUGAUAAGUGUUGUCCAAAAUGCUUUUUUCGCUUGCAAAGUGGAGCAUGAAAGCAAACACUGCAAUGGCAAAGGGUUCCAGCGCCUUGGAACCUCCACCUUCGACCGUGUCUACAUUGCCAACCAGAACUGCGGACACACGUAUCCUACGUUUCUGGCCAUGCUUUGGUGUGCUGGCCUUCUCUGCAGUCCAGCUCCUGCUGCCUUUGCUGGCCUGGUGUACUUGUUUGUGAGGCAGAAGUACUUUGUGGGCUACCUUGGGGAAAGGACUCAGAGCACUCCAGGUUACUUGUUUGGAAAACGCAUCAUUUUUUUCCUGUUCCUCAUGUCUGUGGCUGGAAUACUCAACUACUACCUCGUCUUCUUUUUCAGAAGUGACUUUGAAAAGUACAUAAAAAUGAUGACCAGUGCGAUCUCUCCAUUGCUGCUCAUCCCAUAGCUCCCUGCAGCACUGCAGGGGUCAGCAUGCUUAAUAUAUCGAUACUCAGAAACAGCCGUAAUUCACAUGUUUAAGAAAUGAAGCCAUAACCCCUUUAGAUUGCUGUAAAUCUCAUGCUCAAUGGGCUUUGUAGCUUGAUUUAACCUUGUUUUUUGCUUCAGGGGAAAGAUUUAUGACGAGCACUCAGCACACCCAAAGAAUGGGAACAACUUCCAAUUAAUUCUUUAGAGUUUCUUCCCUAGACUGCAGCUUGCGGGCUGCAUACAGCUUGGACAUUGUAUGCUUGCUUCUUAACUGAGCUGUAUUUAGCCCUUACCCCAAAACCCAGGGACCUCUCAGCAUAGUUCCUGACUGGUAGCUCCCACAAUUAUUCUCAUGCAUGGGCUCAGCCUUUUGCCAGCAUCUUCCCCCCCCUCCCCAGAUCCUUCUCAUGCAAAGGGUACGGACCAGCCCCUUCACCUUCCCUUUCCCUCCCACUUGUUGAUAACCGAGCUCCCGCUGCUGCAGGAGUGCAGCAAAUUGGCCCCUGUCUGUUCUGCCUUGAUAAAUAUUCAUGUGCAUAAUGCUCCUGACACUGAUCUCAUUUACACUGCAGCCUUUUUGUUCUCCCAGAGCUGUGGAAAAGGGUCUUGUGUAAAUGAGGAGCUGGUGGAUCAGCGUGGGGUUAUUUUAUUAUUUUUUUUCCUUGGCUUUGUUUAAUAAAG